AUGGUUUUCCAUCCGUUUGAAGUCACGAUUCCCCAUGUUGCCUAUGCAUGUCUGGGAGGGUUUGUAGUCAUUUUCGGCAUGUUUUCAUUGCUUUUGAGAGAAAAGCUAUAUAUCGGCGAGGCGUGCUGGGCGUUCUUGUUUGGUGUCAUCAUAGGUCCUUAUGGCGCCGGAAUCUUUGAUCCCCGUCACUGGGGCGGCAGCACAGAGGUUACCAACAUGAUCACCUUAGAGUUUACUCGCGUCGUCUUAGCUAUCGGUGUAUUCGCUAUAGGUGUCGAAUUACCAAAAGCCUACAUGGCGCGCCAUUGGAAGAGCAUGUUCUUUCUCUUAGUGCCAGUCAUGACCUGGGGAUGGUUUGUCUCGGCUGGCCUCAUUUAUGCUCUUGUGCCAGGCUUGAACUUUCUGUCUAGCUUGGCAGUGGCCGCUUGCCUUACGCCUACCGAUCCAAUUCUCGCCGCAGCCGUCGUUGGUGGAAAGUAUGCAGACAAACACGUUCCAGCCCAUCUCAGACAUAUGCUGGCUGCUGAGAGUGGAUGCAACGAUGGAGCAGCCUUCCCAUUCCUAUACCUCUCCCUGUACCUUAUCAUCGAUGCCCCAAACACUGGCAGAGCUGUUGGCGAUUGGUUCCUCAUCCUCUGGCUAUAUAGCAUCAUCAUGGCCGUCGUCAUCGGUGGGUUGCUCGGGUUCGCAUUCAGACAUCUCAUGAAGUUCUGUGAACGACGCAACCUCAUCGAUCGACAUUCAUACGUUGCCCAAUAUAUCUCGUUGGCCUUGCUUACGAUCGGGGUUUGCACGCUUCUCGGGACCGAUGAUCUGCUUGCUGCCUUCGCUUGCGGAACCGCCUUCGCAUGGGAUGGCUUCUUCAACAGGCAAACCGAAGAAACGUCAUUCAGUUCCGUCAUCGAUCUUCUUUUCAACAUAGCGGCUUUCGUUUUCGUCGGCGCGUGGAUGCCAUUCAGCAGCUUUCAAGACGCCGAGCUCACUUUGACCGUUUGGCGACUGAUUGUAAUCGCCAUCUUAGUUCUGCUCUUGAGGCGGUUGCCAAUUAUGAUAGCAUUGUAUAAGUGGAUCCCCGACGUGAAAACAUUCCGUGAGGCCCUUUUUAGUGGACACUUCGGCCCCAUUGGCAUCGGUGCUGUUUUUAUCUCAACCCUCGCUGCCGAGAUCCUCCACAACGCUCACUCAGAUAACGAACAAACGGAGCUAGUGGCGAACUCCAUCCAACCCAUCACUGCAUUCAUGGUUUUGACAUCUAUAACGAUCCAUGGCCUAUCUAUUCCUUCCUUCUCUCUCGGGCGUCGAGUCCAUUCCGUGUCCCUUACUUGGUCACGCCAUGCACCUCCAGACUGGACAACCCAAGCUCGACACGUACAACGGGGCGAAGAUAUCGUCGUCAACAGGGAUGCCGAUGUUGAGUCUGGUGCUCUCCCGGCUAAGCCGGAGCUGGCCGUUCCACGUGCACGACACACCGACUCUACGAGCGGCAGCACAGACAUUGCCGAGAAGCCCCCUUUGUCAGAAAGCUCUAGUGAGGAUACAAAGAGAGAGGAGGCUAGACAAGCCGAAGAGGCGAAAGAAGAGACUCCGCCCGACGGGACUGAGAUUCUACAGCAAUGGCAAGAAGGCCCCGAUGUAGUCGUGGAAAGACGAGCAGGCCCGGGAGAAGAGGUUGAAGUGGAAGUCAUCCGCAAUGCUAAUUGCGACGAACUCCCAACAACGCGAUCACUACUUCGCGGGCCUCAGGAUCUAAUGCAUCAACAAAUCGAGCCAUAUUUAAGGAAGCUGCGUCAUGCACCUCAUGAAAUUCAACAGGAUGCCGAUGCGGUUGCCCAUGCUAUUGCACAAGACGCUAGGCAUGUCGAGGAGGGAGCUAAACAAGCUAUCCACGCUGUUGCUCAUCCAGGCAACGAGCAGCACGCCGGUCACAGUGAUCGGGAGGACGAAGAAGGUUGGGCAUCAGACCGUAGCAAUCCGGGAGAAGCGUCCGCUUCGGCAAUGGCUCUCCAACCCUCCAACACAUCCGACCGCAAACGACGAAGCAAGGCCUUCAUGCGGCAUGCUCCGAAACUCGGCAGUCGAGCACGCAGACGGACUUCGGCUCGGAAAGGCCUGCCACAAGACGACCACAUUUCCGCGCUCCCGAUCCUCGAAGACACUGCAGAGGAACCACGGGGCCGGCCAUUCAGUGACGUUCGUCCUCGAAGACGGCAGGUAGAUCAUGCCAGACCCCAUACAUCCGAUUCUGGAAACUCGGGCCCUUUCAGAAAUAAUAGAAUAGAUCGUGUAUUGGCUUUGCAUGCCUCUCGAGAGGCGUCACCGUCACGUUCCGUGCGCUUCGCAGAUACUGAGCCCCGAAGCGGGGCCAGUACUCCUCGGAUAUCCUACCAUCGGAAUGACUCUGCCACAGCCGAUGCGACUCCUUCAGACACCCCUCCCCCAGAGUCAGCAACUGAAGACCCAGAUUCCACCAGGCACAAGGUUACAUUCAACUUGCGAGCCAAGUAG